AAGAUACCAAACGUAUUUAAACUUUAUGUCAUAUCUUGUGGUGAUACUUCAAUCAUGGACCACGUCAAAAUCCGACGGUUUCACCAGAAUUAGCAAAGGACAGAUCUAAGAAAUGGAAGAAGAGUUGAGAAACUUAAGCAAGGUAUGGAUCUAUGCCUUGUUCUCCAUCUCUUAUUGUUAUUUCAUAUCAUCUAGAAUCUCCAAGGGUAUUCUUCGUCUCCUUUCCAUUCUUCCAGUCUGCAUUCUGUUUCUUGUUCUUCCUCUGUUCCUCUCUUCUCUGCACUUUAGCGGCAGUUCAACUCUUUUCCUCUCAUGGCUCGCAAAUUUCAAUCUUCUUCUCUUCGCUUUUGAUCAAGGACCUUUAUGUCCACUUCCCUCAAAUAUAUGCCGCUUCUUCUGCUUUGCUUGUUUCCCCAUCAAAGUCAGACAGAAAGCAUCUCCAAAUGCGAUCACGAAUCGUAAGAAUGAACCUAUGCCUGAAUGGGUUUUUGCUGUCAAGGUUUUGGUCUUUGGCGUCUUGUUACAUGUUGAAUACAAGGACGUUUUGCCUCGGUUUGUUGUUUUGGCUCUAUAUUGUCUCCAUAUUUACCUUGAGGUGGAACUUGUUCUGGUGUUUGUCGGGGCAGUUGUAUCUACUCUUCUCGGCUGUGACAUUGAGCCGGUUUUCAACGAGCCCUAUCUAGCCACCUCUCUACAGGACUUCUGGAGCCGCAGAUGGAACCUUAUGGUUUCAGCUGUCCUACGCUCAGCCGUCCACAUUCCGGUGCAGCGUUUUUUCACACGCUUUUUCAGAGCAAACAUAGCUGUGUUGGUCGGGGUCAUGGCCUCGUUCCUUGUCUCGGGACUGAUGCAUGAGUUGAUCUACUUUUACGCAAUCCGUUUGCCUCCAACUUGGGAGGUAACUUGUUUCUUUGUGUUGCAAGGUGUUGCCACUACUUCAGAGAUAGUGGUGAAGAGAACACUGCGGUGGACGCCACCGCACCGGGCUGUUUCGGGUCUAGCGGUUAUGGCGUUUGUGAGCGUGACGGGCGUUUGGCUCUUCCUCCCUCAACUGCUGAGAAAUAAUGUUCAUGAGAGAGCGACUAGCGAAUGUUUGUUGGUUAUUGACUUUGCCAAACGCAAGUUGUUCAUUUCUUCUUCAUGAUCCUUUGUUUUUUUUUAUACAGCGACUUAUACUAAUAGCAAAGCAACCAAACUAAAAAAUUAUAUUCAGUGUGUGAAAAUGUUCUUGGAAGUGUGAGACACGUUGUGCAGGAAAAAAGUUGGAUUGUGGGUCGUGGGCAAUGCAA